UUUUCGGGCCAUCCGGGUCUGACUUGAUCAUUUAAAAAGAGCUGGUCUGGACACAUAGGCUUUGAGUAGGCUUGCCCGUUUGUGAGUUGCAUCUUACUUCUGUCAUCAUCGUCAGCCAUCGUCGUCGCCCAUCCUCUUUCUUUCUUUCUUUCUUUCUUUUUUUCUUUCUUUCUUUCUUUCUUUCUUUCUUUCUUUCUCUUCCCCCAGCGCAAUGUAGCUGGCUAGUGGAAUGUAGUACCUCAGAACGACCUCCCUGACACAACCUCCCCCCACCCCCUCAUUAAACAAAUGUAAGAAAAACGCGCCCACUACUCUUCAAGCUCCUACAUGUGACAAACGCACUUUGCAAAAAAAGAAACAUGAAAACAACAAAGACAUUAACGUAACGUAAUUAACGUAACGAAAGCACUUAAUAAAAGAAAAGUUCAUAUCAUUAAAAGCGCCUUUUCUUAUUCUGCGCCUUUUCAUUCAAAUCACGUGUGACGGUGCCCGUGCACACCGUGGCAGUGCUCUAAAAGUAUCUACAGCUGUAACACCUGAAUGCUUUUAAAUGCAGGUGUUCUGGACUGAUUGCUGGUACGUUCUACGGCGUUUCCAUUCUGUCAGAUGAGCGCUCAGAGUUUUAUAACCUCGGCCGGAAAUGAACGGCGCCUUAAAAAAAAAAAAAAGAGAGAAAAAGCAACAACAAAAGCGAGCGAAAGUGAACCGGAGCCUCCGCAUGCCGCGUGCUUCGAGCCCCCCAACGCGGCGGCACAUAUCGAACGGUGGGCAGGGACGCAUUCGGUUGACGUCCAAGGGCGCCGCACAAUCGAUGCGCACUCCGCGUCGUACAAGGGCAGCUGGAGUUUCCGUCCCACACUGCGCUGUCCGAACGACGGGCACAGCCGUCGGGUUCACGGAGCGCGUCGCACGGAUCACUCUCCAAGCCGAGGUAGCGGUAUAGCAGCUAGCAACAACAGUAUAUGCACGCAGCGGCGGCAGCAGCGGCGGGAUACAGCGGCGUUGGACGCUUCGGCGCCAACCGUUACGUGACAUCCUUGUCCAAGAAAGAAGGACAACGACGACGUGCGCCGCAGACCAAGAACUCGCCGUUGCAAACGUCGUCUUCUCCUUCGUCGAAUCGCGCCGUUCUCUUUUGAGCCGAGGUGUCAAAAGCAGCAGCAACGACAGCGACUGUAACAUCUGAUGCUUCUCUGGGAACGGAAGCUCGCCUUGUUGUUCGCCCAAGAAGAAGACGACACCGAGGUGCGCCAGCAGUCGUCGUCUUCGUCCGAGCGUUCGCCCUUCCGAACGACAUGGACACCGUUGCUCAGUGCUGGAGAACCCGGUCUCUGAAUGCGCCAAGUCCAGUGUACCAGUUCGGACCAUGCGGUCGCAUCCUCAAGAACUCAGCCAUGGUCAUGACCAUACAGGACCCCGCGGGCCAGCGGUUGACGUGGCACAAGCCGCCGCUGUCUGUGCUCGUCAUCAAGAAGCCCAUGGACGCCACCGUCGUCAAGCCCUUCAACGAGCUCGUCGAGUGGCUCAUCUGGGUCAAAAACAUGGUUGUUUUCGUUGAAGACGCCAUCUUGGAGGACCCCUUCCUGAAGAACAACAAGGCCUUCCUGGAGGUCAAGGACAAGCUCUGCACCUUCAACGAAGGCAGAGAUGACCUCACAGACCGGAUCGACUUCAUCAUUUGUCUCGGCGGAGACGGCACGCUGCUCUACGCUUCUUCGCUCUUUCAGCAAAGCGUGCCCCCCGUGAUGGCUUUCCACAUGGGCUCCCUGGGAUUCCUCACUCCGUUCGACUUUGACAACUUCCAGGACAAGGUCAACAACGUGCUCGAAGGACAUGCCGCACUCACGCUACGGAGCAGGCUAAAAUGCAGCAUAUACCGCAGUGAGAGCGAUCCUAACGACAAUAAUCUCAACUGCAACUCAUCCUGCCUAGUUCUCAACGAGGUCGUCGUGGACCGGGGUCCGUCGCCCUACCUGUCCAACAUCGACCUCUACCUGGACGGCAAACUCAUCACCACUGUCCAGGGAGAUGGUCUGAUCGUGUCCACGCCCACGGGUUCAACGGCGUACGCGGUGGCGGCGGGCGCCUCGAUGAUCCACCCCAGCGUGCCGGCCAUCAUGGUGACGCCCAUCUGCCCGCACUCUCUCUCCUUCCGCUCCAUCGUCGUGCCGGCCGGCGUGGAGCUCAAGAUAAUGGUAUCGCCCGAAGCCCGAAGUUCGGUAUGGGCCUCCUUCGACGGUCGUCUGCGUCAGGAGCUUCAACAUGGAGAAAGCCUGAAGGUGACGACGUCCAUCUACCCGGUGCCUUCGAUCUGCGACCAGGACCAGAUAUCGGACUGGUUCGACAGCCUCGCCGAGUGCCUGCACUGGAACAUGCGAAAGAAGCAGCGUCAGCUCACCGAAAGCGUCGACGUCGAGGCGGUCACGGACUCCAAAUAACGCGCGACCUUUCCGUUAAACGCGCCUCGAGGGAGUCCCCACGACGUUGUCCUUCACAUCUCCCCUCACUCCCUCCCGUUUUAUUUUAAGUGUUAUCCUUGCCGUGUUUCUGCUCUGUAUACAAUUUUCAUGAAGGAAGUUUGAUCGCGAU